UUUACCCGUUUACGACGUUUCAUCGCGCGCAAAGAGAGACGGUUGGGUAGGUGGACACGGCGGCACGCUAUUCACACGCAUCAGAAUGUCGUUCGUCAGCGGUACCACCGACACCGAGGCGGCACAAAAGUUCCUCGAGGUGCUGCAGAACGAUUUUCGCAAUCUAUCGCUCGAGACGAAGAAAAAAUUUCCCCAGAUCAAAGAGUCAUGCGAGGAAGCGAUCCUGAAACUAAAAUCGGCUGGCGCUAAUCCGCAAACACCUGUCUACUAUGUGGUCAACCAGAUCCUGUACCCGCUGGUACAGGGAUGCGAGUCGAAGGAUUUAAAAAUCAUCAAAUUUUGCCUCGGCAUGAUGCAGCGGCUCAUCACACAACAGGUUGUGGACCAGAAGGGUGCGCGCUACAUCACCGAUACCCUCUGGAUGCUGAUGGAAAAUGGGACGGAAGAGGUGAAGGUACUGCAAAGUGUCACUCUUCUGCUCACCACAAACACGGUUGUGCAUGGUGAAACGCUAGCAAAAACAUUAGUCCUAUGCUUUCGACUGCACUUCACGAAGGACUCGACAACGAUCAACACGGCCGGUGCGACCGUGCGCCAGCUCGUCUCGCUUGUGUUUGAGCGUGUGGUUGCCGAGGAAGCGGAAGCCGAUGCUAAUCAGGACGAACGACGGGAGGUAAACCUGGAGGAACUGAAACUAGCGACAGGGGUUGCUCCGAAGGGGCUGCUUCCUUGUGCGGCCGAUGCGUUUCUACUGUUCCAGGAUCUGGUACAACUCGUUAACGCUGACCAACCGUACUGGCUGCUGGGCAUGACAGAGAUGACCCGCACAUUCGGGCUAGAAUUGCUCGAAUCUGUCCUCACGCAGUAUACGUCUGUGUUUUACAGAAAUCCAGAAUUCAGCUUUCUUCUGAAAGAACGCGUCUGUGCGCUGGUAAUAAAACUCUUCUCGCCAAACAUCAAAUAUCGUACCAUCGCUCCACAGGCCGGUGUAGGUGGAGCAGGCGUACAACCAGGCGGUGGAGCGCCACACGACAAACCGUACUUCCCCAUCAGCAUGCGACUGUUGCGUGUAGUGUCGAUACUGAUCCAGAAGUAUCACAGUCUGCUGGUAACGGAAUGUGAAAUCUUCCUAUCGCUCAUCGUGAAGUUCCUGGACCCGGACAAACCGGCAUGGCAGAGAUCACUGGCACUGGAGGUGCUGCACAAGAUGACCAUCCAACCGGAGCUGCUCAUCUCGUUCUGCCGGUGUUACGAUCUUAAGGAUCAUGCGACAAACAUCUUCCAAGACAUCAUUAACUCGCUCGGAACGUAUGUGCAGAGUUUGUUCGUUAAUCCGCAGCUGCUCAGUGCGUCGAUAGGAACCGGCGGUGUCGGGGGAAGCGGUAGUAGUGGCAGUGGAGGUGGUGGAAGUGGCAGUGGGGUCGGAGGAACAUCUGGACAGCAGUCGCAGCUAAUGGGUGGAAUGCCGGUCGGGCCGGGAAUUUCUCCACAGCCAGGUUUCAUUUUUCGUGGUGUGUUUCUGCCACUCGUGGUAACAUUUCCAAGCGGUCAAUCGAAAUCUACUUUUCUCGAGAUGCUGGACAAGAUGGAACCACCGCCCAUCCCGGAUGGGUAUGGAAUAUCGGUGGCGUACGCUUGCCUGCUCGACAUCGUACGCUCCAUUUCACUGUCCAUACAGGGUCCGUCACAGCUUGGGGAGGAAAAUCCGGCCCCGUACAUGCAGCGCGUCAGCGAAGCCGACAAGGCACUGCACAUUCAACUGAUACACUCAAGCUGGCUGGGGCUACUGACGGCGCUGGGUCCACUGAUUGAUGCCGCGACGGACGAAUCCUCCACGGAGAGUGUGCUGAAGGCUAUCCAAAACUAUGCGGCUUUGUGUGGCCUGCUAGAGCUGCACACUCCGCGGGAUGCCUUCAUUACGGCGCUCUGCCGUGCCUCGCUACCGCCACAUUACGCACUGUCGGUGCUGAACGUAAACUAUCAAGGUAACGCGUUCAAAUCCCACAUGCGGCUGGGAAGUCAGGAUAUGACGGGAGCGAGUAUUGGCUAUCACGGAGGUACGUACGCGGACAUCGAUCAGCAGCAGCAACAACGGCACCCAGUGGUGGCCGUUGGUACGCCGCUCCCAACGUCCUCACUACCCGUCGGUGCCCACCAGGGUCCGGUACUGUUGACGGCCAAAAAUCUACAGUGCAUGCGGUCGGUGUUACAUUUGGCACACUGCCACGGUAGCAUACUGGGCAGCUCGUGGCAUAUUGUGCUUACCACCCUGCAGCAUUUGGCGUGGAUCCUCGGAUUGAAACCUUCCACCGGUGGUAGUCUGCAGGCCGUUCAGAAGCCUCCGACCGACGCGAACUCGAUCACCCAGGUGAUGACCGAUCUGCCGGUUCUGUCGACAAUGCUGAGCCAGCUGUUCGAAUCAAGCCAAUAUCUGGAUGAUGUGGCACUGCACCAUCUGAUCGAUGCACUGUGCAAGCUGUCACACGAAGCAAUGGAACUGGCGUACAAUAAUCGCGAACCGUCACUGUUUGCUGUUGCGAAAUUGCUGGAAACCGGACUCGUCAAUUUGUCCCGUAUCGAGGUUCUGUGGCGCCCAUUAACGAACCACCUGCUGGAAAUCUGUCAACAUCCACAUAUUCGAAUGCGCGAAUGGGGCGUAGAAGCGAUAACGUAUCUGGUCAAGGCAGCUCUACAGUACAAGUACGAACGACCGUUAAAGGAGAAUCUGAAGCUGCAAACGUUACUGCUAGGACCACUAUCGGAACUAUCGUCGGUUCCGCAUGGUGAUGUGCGCCAGCGUCAGCUUGACUGUGUGUUGCUCGUCCUGAAUGGGGCAGGAGAAACACUGUCGCAUGGUUGGCCGCUAGUGCUCGGUAUCAUCGGUGCCGUUAGUGACCAUCACGGCGAAUCUUUGAUCCGUAUCGCAUUUCAAUGUUUGCAGCUAGUUGUGACGGAUUUUCUACCCGUCAUGCCCUGGCGUUGUCUCCCGUUGUGCGUCAACACAGCGGCAAAGUUUGGUUCACAAACGCAGGAGCUCAACAUUUCACUGACCGCUGUUGGGCUGAUGUGGAACAUUUCAGAUUACUUCAAUCAAAAUCAGGAGAAACUGUCACAGACCGUAUGCGACGAUAUGUCGGUGUUGCCGGACUUUCCAGGAACGUUAAACAUGCCCCACUUCGACCGACUGUGGAUGUGUUUGUACGCACGGUUGGGUGAUCUGUGUGUGGAUCCGCGUCCAGCCGUAAGGAAAUCUGCCGGUCAAACGCUUUUUUCUACCAUUUCUGCACAUGGUGCAUUGUUAAAUCCACCGACCUGGCAGGCUGUCCUGUGGCAGGUGCUGUUCCCGCUGCUGGAUAAGGUACGGGCACUUUCUAGCUGUGCCAGCAACGAAAAGGUCGACACCAGCGGAAACAUACUGAUUCAUCACUCACGUAACACGGCCCAAAAGCAGUGGGCCGAAACACAGGUCCUCACACUAUCUGGCGUUUCGAGGGUAUUCAAUACGAAACGGGCGCUGCUACAGAUGUUGGGUGAUUUUCCUCGUGCUUGGGCGCUCCUGUUGGAAUUUAUAGAAAAUUCUGCACUCAGUAAAAGCAACGAAGUGUCACUAGCGGCGUUAAAAUCAUUUCAAGAAAUAUUGUACAACCGUCCGACAAUACCAUCUGUUGGUGGUGGUGGUGGUGGACCGAUGUCCUCCUCUACGGGUGUCGCAGAUGAUGCCGGUGCAGUACGAGGUACUGCGCCAGCCGCCGUUGAAGCCGACAUUUGGAAUGUAGCGUGGCGUGUUUGGUUAAAUAUCGGUGCCGAAAGCACCAAACCUCCGGUGCUCGGUGAUCUUGCCGCCGAUAAGGGUAACAAUGGAGGUGGCAGUAGCAGCAACGGCACCAGUGAGGAUCUAUACAUCCCCAGUCAGGCAUUUUUGACCGCCCUCGUACACAUCUUUCCGGCACUGUUUCAGCAUAUAAGGGCGCGUUUUAACAGCAAAGAUUUAACGCAACUCUGUGCUGUGCUAAUGAACGCUGUAGCCGUCCCCGUGCACAGCGAUUCGACGCCUUACAUUAUGUCCACUAUUUCGGAUUCGUUGUUGACGCCGCUACAUGACGGUGUGCUGGACUGCAUGGAAUUGCUGCAGAAGGAAGCCAUCCAUGGCGGUGGAGGUGGCAGUGGUAUAAAAAAUAUGAUAUCGGCCAUUUUUAAGCAAUUGUUAAGUUUCAGCAAAUUUGCCUGUGCUCCUCCGAGUUUCGACCGCAUUGAAACAAGGCCUCUUAAAUCGUCAAGAAGCGGGAGCGGUGCUGGCACCAACACCGGUAACAACACCACUGGCGGUCUCAUUCAUCCCGUUUCGUCCUCAUCCAACGCAAAUGGCGUCGAAUGGGUUAGCAUGAACUACAUUCCGUUUGGUGAGAAAGCACUAACCGUGGCAGUAAAGCUUUACCAGCAGACCGCCAACGAUGUGGCGGUGAUUGAAGGACAGAUAUUGCACGAAAUUAUCAAAGCGCUGCAUCUUCCACUGUCACUAAAGUAUAAGUGCAUGUCCUCGAGCACAUGGAAGCUGGCAAUUUCUAGCCUGAUCAGUGUUUUGCAUACCGGGUUACCAGUGGCACGAAAACACCCGAAACAGUUUGCCUCUAUGUGGAAAGAUUUAGCCGAUACGUUGGAUCAGUUUUUAUUUACAAAAAGCAUUUGCAUCGUCGAGGAUCGAGGUUUAGACGAGCUCAUCUUGGAUGAAACAAUCGAUUGUCAGGUGAUCGAGCUGAUACGCGAUGAAAUUCUCCCAUACAGCCAAGAGAUUCCUCAACAGUUCAUCCUGGACGCGGUGGUAAUUUUAAACAAGGGUUCCAUUCACUCGGCUACAACCGGCAGCACACCGUUUGCCGGGUGCGAAACAGAGCUUAAGCUGCGCGAAGAGUUUGCCAAGACGUGCUUCGAAACGUUGCUUCAGUUUUCCCUGCUGGACGAUCGUGUCGGGACAGCGGCAGCCAGUGCGGUAGACGAGAAGGAAACCAAUAUGGCCAACAAUAAUUCCACCCUGUGCGAUGGGCAGGGUAGUAAAACGUCUGAGGGUGGUAUUGCAGGACAACUAGCGAUAACGGCACUGCUGCAUCGGUUUGAGGAAGUUCUCAGAAAAUUCAACGAAGACGAACGGUUGAGUGGCAAAUUUCCCUUACCAAGGUAUCGUCUAUCGGAAAUUUCUUUCGUGCUGAAAGCUGUUGCAACACUUGUGAUAUCCAUGAAAAAAGCACCCCCAGCUAAAGUCGGUACUACCGCGUGGGAGCAGCUUAUCAGUCUUUAUCCCUAUCUGGUCGACUGUACGACUACCAGCUCCGCAGAAGUAUCUCGCUCUCUUCGUGAGGCGUUGCUGCAAUAUUGUGAUUUGCUGCGACCUCCGUGCACCGCUACCGCUGCACUGGAUGCAAACGGUCACACUGGAUCAGGACACAGCGGAGGUACCGGGGUUGCUAACAACAAUGAGAUCGUCAAUACAAACGGUAUCAGCCACUGUUAGCUGAUGUCUAACACCUCGUCCAGUUUCUUCUUCCUCGUGUGGUACGAUUCGGGUUUGUUGAUGAAGUUGCUGGUCUAGGUUUGCGAUU